AUGAACCUCGACGUCGGGAACGGAGCUGGGAAAGAGAUGAAAGAGGCAGUGACAGAGACAGAAUUCGUUAUCCCAGAGGUAGGGAUGUCCGUGGCAGAAGCCGAUCCCGUAGUCCACCUCGAAGAGGUGAACGCGACAGACGACCAGACAGGCGCGACGACAGACGCGACUAUGAUGACAGAAGAGACAGAGGUAAAGACAAAGAAGGACGGGACGAUAGGCGGAAGGAUGACCGUGAUAUUCGAGAUCACGGCAGAGACGACAGAAGGGAUUCUGGACGGAGAGACGAGAGGAAUAGACGGGACAAAGAUGGGGAUCACGAUAAGGACGGGAGGCAAAGAGAGAGGGACAGAGAUGAGCGAUUGA